AUGGUCACUGCAAGAGGUGACUUUUUUUGUCACCACUUCUUGGUUUUCUCUGCUCUCACUUUCUACUUUUUCAUCUCUCUCUCUCUCUCUACUUCUUCAUCUCUCUCUCUCUUACUCUUCAUCUCUCUCUCUUACUCUUCAUCUCUCUCUCUCUUACUCUUCAUCUCUCUCUCUCUCUACUUCUUCAUCUCUCUCUCUCUACUUCUUCAUCUCUCUCUACUUCUUCAUCUCUCUCUCUCUCUACUUCUUCAUCUCUCUCUCUCUCUUUCUUCAUCUCUCUCUCUCUUUCUUCAUCUCUCUCUCUCUCUCUAUUUCUUCAUCUCUCUCUCUCUAUUUCUUCAUCUCUCUCUCUCUAUUUCUUCAUCUCUCUCUCUCUAUUUCUUCAUCUCUCUCUCUCUCUCUCUCUCUAUUUCUUAUCUCUCUCUCUCUCUCUCUAUUUCUUCAUCUCUCUCUCUCUACUUCUUCCUCUCUCUUUCUACUUCUUCCUCUCUCUCUCUACUUCCUCUCACUCUCUCUACUUCCUCUCACUCUCUCUACUUCCUCUCACUCUCUCUACUUCCUCUCACUCUCUCUACUUCCUCUCACUCUCUCUACUUCCUCUCACUCUCUCUCUCUACUUCCUCUCUCUCUCUCUUUCUACUUUUCCUCUCUCUAUCUCUCUUUCUCUACUUCUUCCUCUCUCUCUCUUUCUCUCUUCUUCUUCUCUCUCUCUCUCUACUUCUUCUCUCUCUCUCUCUACUUCUUCUCUCUCUCUCUCUACUUCUUCUCUCUCUCUCUCUCUUCUUCUCUCUCUACUUCUUCUCUCUCUCUACUUCUUCUUCUUUCUCUCUCUACUUCUUCUUCUUCUCUCUCUCUCUCUUUCUAAUUCUUCUUCUUCUCUCUCUGUCUCUUUCUAAUUCUUCUUCUUCUCUCUCUGUCUCUCUUUCUACUUCUUCUCUCUCUCUCUCUUCAUGUCUUUCAUUUCUUCUCUCUUCUGUCCCUUCUUUACUGUCCUCAGAAUGCCAAAGUGCUAUGUAA